AUGGGUAAAAAGCUGAAGCAAGCACUUCCAGGGGUUGUACAAUGCCAAAGAUGCCUUGAAUAUGGGCAUUGAAGCUAUGAAUGCAAAAAUCAAAGGACCUAUGUGUUUAGACCAAGCGCGUCUAUGCAGUUCCAUAACCCUGAUCUCAAGCCUGAAAUUGCUGCUGAAAAGCCUCCAAAGAUACCGAAAGUUACUGAUGGAGACAAAAGGAGAGGAGUUCCUGAAGACAGUAGCAGCAGCGAAGAAGAAAAAAUUAAGCUGCCGAUAAAGCGAGCUAAGGAGUCAAGCAGCUCUUCAAGCUCAUCAGGGUCAUCAGGGCCUUCAAGUAGUGGCUCUUCAGAGUCUGGAAGUGAUUCAGGCUCAGAAUCAGGAUCUUCAUCUUAUAGCUCAGAAUCUGAUAAAAAAUAA